AAUAAAGAUGGUGUAAAUAGAUUUCAAGCUCAUUGGCCCAAGCCCAAUUAUUGUGAAUGAGAAAAUCAACAACGUGUCUCUAUAGCACAAAACUGAUCAAGCGAUAGAACCGUAAGAUCUCUCUCUGCUUCAGAGUUCAGAGGAAUUAAUUUUCUCUGAUCGGAAUCUGAAAUCAACGAAUCGGAAUGGGUUUCUUGAUAACAACAGCAAUCUUCGCGGUGAUUGGAAUCAUCGCGUGUCUCUGCACCAGAAUUUGCUGCAAUAGAGGACCUUCUGCAAAUCUAUUUCACCUAACUCUGGUUAUUACUGCAACAAUAUGCUGCUGGAUGAUGUGGGCGAUUGUAUAUUUGGCACAAAUGAAACCGCUCAUAGUACCUAUACUAAGUGGCGAAUAAGUUUGUGUGAACAGAUGUAGCUUCUUGUAUGUUAGAGAAUAUGGAUAACAGAUUGGUUGCUGGAGAGAAUUUGAUAUCAGCUCUUGUGAGUUGUUGAUUAUUUGCUAAGGGUGGAUAUGUACGUAUUUUUUUGUUUGAUACUGUCAUUUCCGUUGUUGCCUGAUGUUGCUGUGUUACAGUUGUUGUAUUCAAUCCUCAUUCAUUUCAGACAGUCAGUUCAAUUUCGAAACAUUAGUGAAAAAUAAGAAAUUACACAUUAGUCAUAAAAUAAGAACUUUGAUAAAAUACUAUAAAUGUCUUUUGAUGAUAAUUGAUAUCUCUAUUCUCUA